AUGCACCGCGAAAAUUGCGAUCCGUGUGGAUGUCGGAGGAACAAUGUUCAAGACGACCCUGUUUACACUGACAAAAAUGGAUGGGACAUUGAAGACAUUGGUGGAAUUGAAAGCGGAGAUACCGGACCGAUAUUCAUCGAUAGAUCCCCCGAACACUUUGAUUUAAUCUUGAAUUACCUCCGAGAUGAAGAAGUGAACCUUCCGGAAUCUGAAGAAGACGUCAGAGAGAUUCUGAAGGAGGCCGAGUACUAUUCCCUGGAUGAUCUGGUGGAGCAAUGCAAAUCGAAACUCCCUCAAGAUCCCUCGUAUACUCUGAAGUUCCUUGAAAACGAUAUGGAUCUUUUGCAGAUUACAACUACUCCGGAGAAGGCUGUCAUAGUUUUCUACUACCCUGUUACAGUGCAUGGUAAAGUACGGUGGCCUGAGGAUUUGGAAGUGAAAAGCUUUUUGGAUAAGUAUGAUGAUGAAUAUGAGAUUUAUUUCAAGCGUGCUCAAAUGACUCGAGCGGAUCGAGAGGAAUGGAUGUGGUCGAUUCAUAAGGGAGACGACCGUGUAGACUUCAAAUAUCAUCGACAUAAUUUUCCAAAACAGUCCUUUAUCACACUUUUUGAGGAUAGUGUCAAGGCUUUUUAA